UUCAGCUCUGUUUGGUUGUUCUAUAUAUUUUCUAACUCUUUGUUAAAAACAUCUAACUUCUCACUCUGUGCAUCCAUUCUUCUCUAGAGUUCUCUGAUCAUCUUUACAAUCAUUACUCUGAACUCUGUCUCAGGUAGAUUGCCUAUCUCCACUUCACUUAGUUGUUCUUCUGGGGUUUUACCUUGUUCUUCUGUCUGGAACAUAUUCCUUCGCCACCUCAUUUUGUCUAAAUUUGUAUUUGUAUUUUUAUGUAUGUGGUAGGUUAGUUACCUUUCUCAACUUUGGAGAAGUGGCUCUCUGUAUUAGACUCCCUGUGUGUCCCAGCAGUGCACUCCCCUCUCGUCACCCAAGGGCCAGGGCCAGCUGGUCCCAGGGUAGGAUCUGGCCUGCAUUUGCAGAUUCAGUCCCGCAGGCUGCGAGAUCUUAGUUUUCUUGCUUCUGGUACCUGUCCAUUGGUGUGUGGAGCUGGGUCCUGGCUCUCUGGUGGGCAGAGCUGUGUCUAGGAGCCUGUCUGGGGGCAGCUGUGGGCUCAAGAAGUCUUUAGGCAGGCUGUUUCCUGAUGGAUGGGGCUGUAUUCCUGCCCAGUUAGUUGUUUGGCCUAAGACAUCCCCGUACUGGGGCCUACAGGCUAUUAAGUGGGGCCAGGUCUUGGUGCUAAUGACCCAAGUAAGUGUCAGCCUCCAGAAGAGUUCAUGCAGAUGAAUACUCCCCAGUAUGUCUGCUACCAGUUUUUAUGUCCCCAGGGUGAGCCACAAUGCCCCUGCCCUGUUUCCCCUGCCUCCCCAGGAGACCCUUCAGGAUGGUCUGGCCCAGACUCCUAUGAAGUUACUGCUUUUGCCCUUGGUCCCUGUGAGUGGGAGAAUUUGUGAGCAUCUUUUAAGAGUGAGGUCUCUGUUUCCCCCAGUCCUGUGGAGCUCCUGCAAUUAAGUCCCGCUGACCUUCAAAGCCAAAUGCUCUGGGGGCUCCUCUUCCCAAUGCCCAACCUGCAGGCUGGGGAGCCUGACUUGGGGCUCUAUUCUGAGAAAUUUGAAAUUGACUGUUCUUAAGGAUGUGAAGGGUAGUUGCUAUUGAUUUUAAAGAACAAAGUUUAAAGAAUUUGAAUUUAUUUACUGUUCCUAACAUAACAUAGUAAUAUAUGAUUGCUCAGACGUUAUUUAAAAAGGGAAAAAUAUUGAACACUUUAAUAUACUCAGAUUGUAGAUCUUGCUUGUGUCCAUUCCUUCAUCCACCCUCAAGUUUUCAGCUCCUUGUUAAGUCUCCUGUUAUCUCCAAGCUGCACAUUAUCAUGUAGUUCGGUCUUAAAUAAUGCCUGUUGUACUUGCUGUUUCCUUUGUGCAUGACCUUCAGGAGAACUUUGUCUCAUACUUAACUUCCACGGUCUCCAUGGUUCAGUGUUGAUGCUUGUUGAUUGAGUGAAAUUACCUCUCAGAUGUUUGGGGAUUCUUGCGUUGAGGAAUUUUAGAACAAAAUCAAUCUGCCUUUUCUCUUAGUGAAGAGGACUCUUUAAAACAAUAUGUGUUUGAUGACUUUCCUUUUUUUGUGAAAAUUUGGCUCAAUUUUGAAGACUGGGAGAUAAGGGGAAAAUGUCCACAACCCUUACCGUUCAUAAGUAAAAUGAUAAAUGCUUAGUUUUUCACCAGAUUAUGAUUUAGUUAACAAUGAGGGGCUGGCAUGUGCUGGACACAGCUGUGUACGCAGUUUCAUGUGCAUUCUCAUUUUAUAUGAACUUUUGAAAGUAAUAUGAGGCAGAAUAAAUAUGUUUUAAGGAAUUUUAUCUUUUAUACAUCUUCCUUUGUGUUCUUUGAAGUGACUAUUUUUAAAAACACCAUUUUUACUUGUGCUGUAAAUCUUUGUGAGAUUUUCAUGACUACAACUUAGAAUUUCAAGUUUAAAUAAUCUACUGUGCUGGGGAUGUGCAGAGCACAGUGCUCAGUGCUCUGAGAACUACCAGGCCGAAUGAUUCCUUCGCCCAGUGAUUUCUUAUGCUCAAAGAAUUAAUGGUCCAUCGUGUAAAAAUGACAAUGAGAAGAACAAGGGAAAUAACCAUGGAGUGAAAGCUACUUGAGAUUGGUAUCAUUGGUUUUCUUAGUGAUGCAAGGAAACUCUGAGCUCAGUAGUAAUGCCAUUACCCUACUUACGUUGCUUAGACUUUCUCAUCUUGGGAGCUACCAGGCAUUGCUCAUCCUGAAGAUCAGGUGACCACUGACACCAGCCAUGUCAUCCAGGCCUCUUGAAAGUCCACCUCCUUACAGACCUGAUGAAUUCAAACCUAAUCAUUAUGCACCAAGCAAUGACGUAUAUGGUGGAGAGAUGCAUGUUCGACCAAUGCUCUCUCAGCCGGCGUAUUCUUUCUACCCGGAAGACGAAAUUCUCCACUUCUACAAAUGGACCUCUCCGCCAGGAGUGAUUCGCAUUCUGUCUAUGCUCAUUAUUGUGAUGUGCAUUGCCAUUUUUGCCUGUGUCGCCUCCACACUUGCCUGGGACAGAACCUAUGGAACUGGUUUGCUAGGAGGUAGUGUUGGCUACCCUUUUGGAGGAAGUAGCUUUGGUGGCUAUGGAAGCGGCUAUGGCUAUGGUUACGGCUAUGGUUAUGGCUAUGGAGCGGGCUACACAGAUCCAAGAGCAGCAAAGGGAUUCCUACUGGCCAUGGCUGCCUUUUGUUUCAUUGCUGCAUUGGUGAUAUUUGUUACCAGCGUUAUAAGAUCUGAAAUAUCCAGAACAAGAAGAUAUUAUUUGACUGUGAUAAUAGUGAGUGCUGUCCUGGGCAUUAUGGUGUUUAUUGCCACAAUUGUCUACAUAAUGGGAGUCAACCCAACCGCCCAGUCAUCUGGGUCUCUGUACGGUUCACAAAUAUAUGCCCUCUGCAAUCAGUUUUAUACACCUGCAGCUACGGGACUCUACGUGGAUCAGUAUUUAUAUCACUUCUGUGUGGUGGAUCCCCAGGAGGCCAUUGCCAUUGUACUGGGGUUCAUGGUUAUUGUGGCUUUUGCUUUAAUAAUUUUCUUUGCUGUGAAAACCCGAAGAAAGAUGGACCGGUAUGACAAGUCGAAUAUUUUGUGGGACAAGGAACGUAUUUAUGAUGAGCAGCCCCCCAAUGUCGAAGAGUGGGUUAAAAACGUUUCUGCUGGCACACAAGACAUGCCGCCUCCCCUUUCUGACUAUGUGGAGAGAGUGGACAGCCCCGUGGCCUACUCUUCCAAUGGUAAAGUGAACGAGAAGCGGUGGUAUCCAGAGUCUUCCCAUAAAUCAACACCGGUACCUGAAGUGGUUCAGGAGCUUCCAGUGACUUCACCUGUGGAUGACUUCAGGCAGCCUCAUUACAGCAGCAGUGGUAACUUGGAGACACUUUCCAAAAGGGCUCCCAUGAAGGGCAGAGCAGGAAAGUCAAAGCGAUCAGAGCAAGACUACUAUGAGACAGACUACACGACGGGUGGCGAGUCCUGCGAUGAGCUGGAAGAGGACUGGAUCAGGGAAUAUCCACCUAUCACUUCAGAUCAACAAAGACAACUCUACAAGAGAAAUUUUGACACUGGCCUGCAGGAGUACAAGAGCUUACAAGCAGAGCUUGAUGAGGUCAAUAAAGAACUCUCCCGUCUAGACAAAGAACUGGAUGACUAUAGAGAAGAAAGUGAAGAGUACAUGGCUGCUGCUGAUGAAUACAAUAGACUGAAGCAAGUGAAGGGAUCUGCGGAUUACAAAAGUAAGAGAAAUUAUUGCAAGCAAUUGAAGAGCAAAUUGUCACACAUUAAGAAGAUGGUUGGAGAUUACGACCGACGGAAAACAUAGAAGGCAGACGCCACAUGGUUUGAGAGAUGAAGUGUGUAACUGACAUCUGUGCAGUGUUGUCAGGAGUCAAGUGACUUUGGACUCUAACCCAGGAGGCCAAGCCUUUGUGAUCAUUACAGAGUUUUGGUAGCUUUAAUAUCAUCAGUAUUAAAGCAUUCUAUAAAUAGCUUUUGGUAAUCAACUGGGCUGAACACUCCAAAUAAGGAUUUUUAUACUUUAAACAUUGUUUCUUGUAUUAAGAACAAAAAUGUUGAGGUCUUUAACCCUUUCAGGAAGGUCCCAGAGUGAACUGUGCUGUGAACUUUCACACCCCAGCCAGUCAGGUCUUAAUACCUAAGUGUGCUUAUUGGGUCUCGAUAGUUUAAUCCUCCCAGAAUUCCCCCUUUAGAUAACUGUUAUUUAUAAUCAUUUCUUUUCAGAUAAGGAAACUGGGCCCCUGCAAUUAAGUCUCUGCAGCGAAACUGCUUGUUUCCGGGCUUGCAGUUUUGGUUAAGUCUGUUUUAUGACUCCAAGGAUAAAGUCCUUGGCCUUUUCAUAUUUUAGUUUCUAUGGAUACUGCAUUCUGCCAGCCUCCUUGGUGAUUUUUUUUUCUGUGUGUAAGUGCUUAAGAGCUUUUUAUUUCACGUUAUCCUGGUAAUAAAGAUCAUGUAAAAUAACAAAUGUGUGAAAUUUGAAGACUGUAAAUAUAUGUUUACUUUUUAAAAAUCAAAGUUUAAACCUACUGGGUUAGAAUUUUGUUGUAUAUUUUUUAAUGCUUUUUAUCUUUUAUGGUUUACAUACUUUUUUUUUAAACCAACUAGUCUUUUCCAUUAUGUCAAAGUAUCCCAUUACAUUUAUAAUUCAAUUGUGACUUGAAUUAUAUCUUACGGGAAUGUUCAAGUUCUGUACAUAUUUUAUAAUUAUUAAACCUGUUGUUUUCUUUCCGUAAUGUACCUUUUUGACGUCAUUAGUGCUGUUAAUAUUAAGCUGUGGAAAACUACACUCAGAAGUUGUAUCUGUUAUUGUUUUAAACUAUUUUGGGUGCUGUGCUGGUUGGUAGUUUCCUAAAUCCUUUGGCUAACGGAAGACUGAUUUGUCUGGAAAUGUAAUGCAAUAUCAUAAAACACCAAAUUAUUUGAAAGGGUGCCCUUAAAUCUGAGCACAUUUUUUUCAAUUCAGAUUUUUACUGGUAAAGUAAAAUUAGCUGAUAAUACUGGGAAUAUAGCUAACCAAGUUGAUUGUGAUUAUCCCCUCAGUUUAGAACUCUUUUUCUGAAAAAUUUUUUAAGAAAAAGUUUUAAAUUAAUCUUUAGUAUGCAAUUCAGACGUUUAAGUAUAUAAUUUUUAAUAUACAAGUCUGAAUCAUUUUCCAAAGAUAAAUUCUUAAAUAAGGUUUCCAUUAUAACACUGAUUCAUUUCUUCAGGUUGAAGAAAUUCUUAAUUUUCUAUGGCUGUACAUACUUACUACAAAAGUAGUAAAUAGUUUAUACUUUUCAUGCCUUUUGGAUUCACAGGAAAUGGUAAGGAUUCUAUUGAACAACCUAAGUGAUUUUUAUGUGUGUUAAAAUUUAAACUCUUUGUUCUUGGAAGUCAACAUGCUCAGUUUACGAAGGCAACUUUGCCAGUGUUCCAAAAAAAGUAAAACCAUUCACCUGAAUGUAGAAAAUCAAAUAGCACACGUUUUCAUUGUAAAAUUGUGCCAUAAAAUUGGACUUGGAAAUUUUUUUAAAAAUCAUUUUUCAAAUAUGAUACACUAAAGACCACUGCAGAAACCAGGAUCAGGGUGUUUUUGUUAGGAUUGGCGUUAAGCAGCAGGAUAUAACUUUGAAAAACCACUCAGGCAGUUUUCUAGUCUGGAAAAUCAAGGUUUAGAUUAAAUUUGGGAGGUCUUCCCAUCUCUGACCUUUUGUGCUCAUGUUUGCUUUCUGCUUUCUGCUAUAAACCAUUAUUCCAAAGAUUUUGUUGUGAAAGCAUGCGGUCCAUCUGAUGAAGGUUCGCCGCAUAAAGUGAUUCCCUUACAUGUGUAUUUCUGUAUUAAAAGUAAGAAAGAUCAAUA